AUGAAGAAUAUGUUAAUACCAAACUUGAAUAUACCUGACAUAAUUGUUAAGCAACAUUUUGGUACCGGUUCAGUAACAUGGGCAAAUAUUGAAUGGUUAAGAAAAUUGACACAAUUACCAAUUAUUUGCAAAGGUAUACUCUCACCAAUUGAUGCAGAAUUAGCAAUUAAAUAUGGAGCAAAUGGAAUUAUUGUCAGAUCUACUUUUAACUAUGGUGGUCGACUAAUUGAUACACCACCACCAGCUAUUCAAUGUCUAGAAGAUGUCGUCAAUGCUGUAGAUGGACGUGCAGAAGUAUUUGUUGAUACUGGUAUUCGAAGUGGAACUGAUGUGUUAAAAGCAUUAGCAUUAGGUGCACGAGCUGUUUUGAUCGGUCGACCAGUUUUAUAUGGUUUGGCUUGUGGCGAACAAGAUGGUGUUCGAAGAGUAUUAGAUAUAUUAAAACGUGAAUUAGUUUAUGAUAUGGCUUGUUGUGGAUUAA